UGCCUAGAAUAUUUUUCAAGGUUCACCCUAUUUCUGAUAAUUCUUGCAACUGGUAGCGAGCUAACAUUAUUUAUUUUUUACUCAGAGCUGAAAGAUAACACAAUGUUUUUACUUAAGCCUGUUUCAGUAUUGAUUUUAUUUAUUUUUAUUAUCGAAAUAAGCUGCAGAGAAUUGUGUUCCAAAAAUAUUAUACAUGCCUUAAUCUUAGCAAGAGGAGGUAGCAAGGGCAUUAAACUUAAAAACUUAGCGGAAGUUGGUGGGGCUUCCUUAUUGGCCCGGACAAUCAGAACUAUUAAAAAUUCAGCAUGUUUUGAACACAUAUGGGUUUCCACAGAUGACAAGAGAAUCGCCCUGGAGGCACAAAAGUAUGGAGCUAUUAUACACGAUCGGCCUGAAAAGUUGGCUAAAGAUGAUACCCCGUCUAUAGACGCAAUAAAAGAGUUUCUGGAAGUCCAGAGCACAAUUCAAGAUUUUGCUCUUUUUCAAUGUACUUCUGUGUUUUUAAAAUCCACAUACAUUCAAGAGGCUGUAAAAAAAUUUAAGACACAUGACUGCGUAUUUGCUGCUAAAAGAUCACAUUAUUUAAGAUGGAAGGAAGUGAAUGAUUCCUUGGUUCCAGCAGAUUUUAAUUUAGAGUCCAGACCAAGACGUCAAGACUGGAAAGGGGAUAUUGUGGAAACAGGAAUGUUUUAUUUUUCGAAGAGAAAACUGGUCGAUAGGGGACUUUUACAGAACAAUAGAUGCUCUAUUGUGGAAAUUAAUGUUGAAGACGGGCUGGAAAUUGAUUCUAGCCAUGACCUUACUUUGGCGAAGUAUAUUUUAAGUAGUAGAACAAAAAGUGAUUUGUAGUAAGUGUUUUUAAAACCUUUUGAUUAAUUUGUUGUAUUCCCCAAUAAACAAAUAUUUCUAAGAA